AUGGAGUCCGCCCAUGAAAAUCCCGGCGGCGUCCACGCCCAUCCUGUUGUUUCGCUCAUUUCGGCAUGCUUUUGGGUCAUCUUAUGGCUGCUGUCGUGGAUCAAGUCCCUGGCUGCCAUCGUGACCAUAACACUCCCUCGAACACUAUACGCGAUCGUGUCCUACUCAAUGACAUUAACGCUCAACUUCUGGUCAUUUGCACUCAUGUUUGUAUGCUUGGCCGUUGCGCUCAAUUACUACGUGCGCUGGCGAUAUCUCGACGUUUAUGUGCAACUGCAAGAACCCCCUCUGGCCAAGGCGACCGCGGAAGAGCUUCACCCAGAUGUCAAUGCCCCGCAGGCGCCUCCUGCUUUCCACAAUUACCUUGACGAAUUUCUGCAAGCCGUUCGGGUGUUUGGCUUCUUGGAGAAACCGGUGUUCCACGAACUCGCAAGACACCUCCAGACGCGCAGAUUGAUUGCGGGAGACAGUAUCGCUCUGGACCAGGACAAGAGCUUCUAUUGCGUAGUGGAUGGUGUCGUUCAGGUCUUCGCUCACACAGGACAAGCCUCCGAAGCUCCGUCUGGUGCAUGGGACGAAGAAGAUAUGAAUGGAUAUCAACUGGUAAACGAGGUUGGGACUGGAGGAACGCUUUCGAGCUUGUUUACGAUCCUGAGUCUGUUCACGGAGGAUGUGAAGAUCAGUUGGCAAGAGGAUGAUUCACAGGAUGCUCUUCAGCUGGUCGGUCCGAUGCAGACGGUUCGUCAACGAUUCACGCGCGCGGACUCGGACGUUUCGCACUUCAAUCUUGAGACGGACGCGCACAAGCGUCGGUUCUCGACCAUGUCAAGUUCUUCGACAAUUCGUGGCCCGGGACUUCCGGAAACCCCGAUGGCGGAAGUUCCAAAAGCGAGGGAGAGUGACAACUUUGCCUCACAGGAUCGUUCCACCCCAUCCACAAUCCGAGGCGACGCACAUUAUGGUAUGGUGGUUCGAGCCACAGAGGAUGCGACGCUAGCGGUCAUUCCUGCAGAGGCAUUUCGCAGGUUGACGAAGAAAUUCCCCAAAGCCACAGCACAUAUCGUGCAGGUGAUCCUCACUCGUUUCUCCAGGGUGACGUUCCACGCUGCGCAUCGAUACCUUGGUCUCACCGCCGAAGUACUAAGGACGGAGAAAGCCAUCAAUGAGCUGGCAUGCCACCCACUUCCUCCAUCAUUCUAUGAAGGCGGAGGCUUGCAAGAGCUUCGACAUCGAUUCGACGUGAAGCUUGACGAAGGGGAUGCAGAACUCGAUACCGAUUACUUCAGUUAUGGACAUGCGUACACCGACUCUCCGGGUACCCUUCCUAUCGAUAUAGGAUCCAGCAAUCUCAAUGGCAUUAGUCGGACGUCAUCUGAGUCGACCAGCAUCCCUAGCCACGAUGUCACAGACCGGCCUUCGAGUUCUACCCCUGCACUGAGGAGGCAUUUAUCUCGAUAUCUUGUCCAGGCCGGGGACUUGCAUAGCACUGGUUCGGGAAAUGCCAAUUAUCGACCUUCCGGUAGGAAUAAUAGGAGCACACCACGUGUACCUCAAAGCCAACUCCCGAGAUCCCACGCAGCGCAUAAGAAGGGCGCGCAAAUGGAAGGAGGAGACGAUGAUUUCGAUCUGCGCGACGAGGUCAUGUCAUGCAUCGCAAAGUCCAUUGGCCUUCUCCAACCACCUUUGAGCGGGGAAGCAUCAGGGCCCACGUCGCCCGCUUUUCCUCCUACCGAAGGAGGAAAGUCCCGAAUGACGCCCUUCCCAUCUUCUUUCGGAUCUUUAUCCCUGCUCGAUAUGGGCGAUGACACAUCAAGCAUUACUGGAGGGACAGCGUCAUCUGUUGUCGGUACCGACGGUAUGAGUGGCCUGGACAAUGAGGUGGAAAUUCUCUUUUUUCCUGCCGGCUCUACUCUGGCACGCGCAGGAGAGAGGAACGCAGGUCUGUUCUACGUCAUUGAUGGCUUUUUGGACAUAUAUCUACCUAGCAAUGAGGCUCGCAAGACGAGAAGCGAAGGCAAAGCCUCAGUGUCAUUCGCGGAUGGGUCGUCGAGCGACCACGCAGCAUCUGGCCAAAAGUUCUCGGAUGGUCGGCGGACCCGGGAUGAUAGGGAUGGCAGUAAACCCUUGUUUACGGUGAAACCGGGAGGGAUAGCGGGGUAUCUGGCCUCCCUUUGCGACAUGCCGUCGUACGUCGACAUCAAGGCUAAGACAGAUUCAUACCUUGGUUUCCUUCCAUCCAACGCUCUCGAAAGGUUACUAGAGAAGCGACCGAUUGUGUUAUUGACACUCGCCAAGCGUUUGAUUUCCUUGCUUUCGCCCCUUGUUCUCCAUAUUGACGCCGCCUUGGACUGGACACAUGUCGAUGCAGGACACGUGCUUUGGAGAACCGGCGAUGACAGCGACAGUUUCUACAUCGUUAUCAAUGGCCGUUUGAGAGCAAUAGCAGAGAGCGAGAGCGGUAAUGUGACGAUUCUUGGAGAAUACGGCCAAGGUGACACAGUCGGAGAAUUGGACGUGAUCACCACCUCACCCCGGCGGAAUACCGUGCACGCCAUUCGCGACACGGAGUUGAUACGAAUGCCCCAAACGUUGUUCAACGCCGUUUCGUCUCGCAAUCCGAAGGCGACUACCCACCUCUUACGAACAAUAGCGUCCCGUGUCAGGGAGGAACUCAACAUAUCUUCCUCUCCGCGUGAACCGACAGAAAGGAGCAGAGCAAACUCGAAUCUGAAGACCGUUGCUAUCCUUCCGGUAUCUCGUAUGGUCCCCGUCGACGCUUUUGCUCGGAAGCUCCAUGCUGCGUUGGAGACUAUGGAUGCGCCUACCGCUUAUCUGAAUCAAGCAUCGAUGAGCAGCCAUCUGGGUCGACAUGCCUUCACUCGCAUGGGCAAGUUGAAGGCAGCUGGCUGGCUGGCUGAUCAAGAACAACGGUAUCGUGUGGUCCUGUAUGUGGCUGACUCUUCGGUGAGCAGCGCGUGGACCCAAACCUGCAUUCGCCAGGCCGACUGCAUUAUGGUAGUCGGUAUGGGAGAGGACCCCGGUAUUGGUGAAUAUGAACGGCUUUUGUUGUCUCUGAAGACGACUGCACGGAAAGAGUUGGUCUUGCUGCAUCCGUAUCGCAGCGUUGCGCCAGGGAGCACUCGAACAUGGUUGAAAAACCGGCCGUGGAUACACCAACACAUACACGUCGAGCUACCCGGUCUCAUUCUACCGCCUACGAAAGCUCCGUCGGCAACUCAAGACGAUCCAUCGGCCGUGACCGCUUUGCGGAACCUGAAAGACCGCGUUCAGAGCGAGUUCAAGAAGUACAGGGGUGGACAUUCCGGUCCUCGACCACAGCGACCGCAACAUAGCAGCGAUUUCGCUCGUCUGGCGCGACGAAUUUGUGGGAAGUCUAUAGGUAUUGUUUUAGGAGGGGGCGGGGCUCGAGGCAUAGCUCAUUUGGGCUUGUUAAAGGCCUUGGAAGAGCACGCAAUACCGGUCGAUCAUGUCGGAGGAACCAGUAUCGGUGCAUUCAUUGGCGGUCUGUAUGCUCGCGAAGGCGAUUUGAUCUCGAGCUCUGGUCGAGCCAAACAGUUCAGCGGAAGAAUGGGUAAUAUCUGGAGAAUGCUUUCAGAUGUUACGUACCCCUUGGUAGCAUAUACUACGGGUCACGAGUUCAAUCGCUCGAUCUACAAAGCGUUCUAUGAUCUCCACAUUGAAGACAUGUGGCUCCCGUUUUUCUGUAACACGUCUAAUAUCAUGACAUCCAGAAUGGAGAUUCAUGAAACUGGGUACGCGUGGCGUUUCAUCCGGGCAUCCAUGACGCUGGUUGGCUUGUUGCCUCCGCUGUGUGACAAUGGGAAUAUGCUUGUGGACGGAGGGUACAUGGAUAAUUUACCGGUCUCCGCUAUGUUCAGCAUGGGCGCGAGCGCUGUCUUCGCGUGCGAUGUCGGAUCCAUUGACGAUAACUCGCCUCGUAACUUCGGCGAUUAUGUGUCUGGGUGGUGGUUGCUCAUCAAUCGAUGGAACCCAUUUUCGGAUGCUCGCACCGUACCUGCGAUAACGGAAAUACAGAGUCGACUCGCAUACGCGUCCGGCGUCCGUACUCUGGAAGAAGCGAAGGUUGCGCGUGGAUGUUUAUACAUGCAGAUGCCUGUGCAUGAAUACGGCACGCUUCAGUUCGGAAAAUUCGAGGAGAUCCAACGGAGAGGAUAUGAUGCCGCAUCCGACUUCCUCACCAAAUGGGGACAAGAGGGACUACUGCCAUCGAUCCUCGCGGAGGGAGCUGACGCGAUGCACAAAACCAAGAAGCAAGGCCGCCGCGAACGCCGCAAUUCCAUAUGAUAUGGAAAGCGACAAGGCCAUCGCGGUCUAAUAAUGACAAUCGACUGCCGUCUCUCGCAUGCCGCGCUGCGUACUGUAGGCAAUGAACCCUUCAAGCAAUGUGCAUUACGACAUGAUUUUCCUAGCGUCAAGUGGACAUUUUCUCUCAGGAUACGACUUCUCGCGCGGCUGAUAUGGCAUGGAAGCCCACAAACUCGGUGACUCGGAAUGUGAAGUCGAAGCGCACCCUAUAUUCUAGGGAAACAACGCUGGCCCGUCAUCAGCUUUUCUCGUUCACUGCUGUAGCAUCCCUUCGCCUAAACGCACGCACGAGAUCUUCCGCUCUCGGCCUGGUUAUCUUAAGUUUCGAGAUGUUGGACCCUAUCACUCGUGGCUCUAGGAAGCUGUCGAGCUAUGUGAAUGUAUAUAUAAGAGUUGUCUCUGACGAAAACACGCCUCCGUGACCUUGUGUGCUAUUGC